AUGAGAUUCACAAAGAGUUCUAGUCUGGCAUUACUAUGGUCUCUCGGCCACGCCCAAGAUUGUCCCACCGGCUCCGGCGUCGGCAUGAUUGUGGCCCGCGCAUCGACCGAGGCUCCGGGUACUGGCAUCAUUGGCGCCGUGGCCGAUGAUGUAGCGGCCCAGGUUCCCGGUUCAACCAUCACGGCGGUCGACUACCCGGCGACGCUCCAAGACUAUCAGUCUUCCGAAGGCAAGGGCGUUGCCGCCAUGACCCAGCUCGUCCAGAACUUCACCACGAGCUGUCCUGGGGCCAAGAUGGUGCUCAUGGGGUAUUCUCAGGGUGCUCAAGUCACGAUGGAUGUGCUGUGUGGUACUUCCGAGACGGGAUUCGCCACGACCUCUGCGGUGGCUUCAGACAAUGUCGCGGCCGUAGUCUUGAUGGGCGACCCUAGCAAUACUCCCAAUCAGACAUUCAAUGCUGGCACAGCACAAAACGCAGGGCGCUUCCCACGACAAGACAUAAUGUCUUGCGGUGCUGUAACCGACCGCAUCGCCUCGUUCUGCAACACGGGGGAUCUAUUCUGUGAUAGUGGUAACAGUCUACAAGUACACUUGAGCUACGUCCAGACAAACGGGCCGGAUGCGACCAGCUUUGUCUUGUCAAAGGUCCAGGGUACAACAUGA